GCAAACAUUUUCAGUCGAUUGUCCGUAAAUUAGUUGAUUCAAUGAUUGGCAACGACAAUGAUAUCAGUGAAUUGAGGCCACGAUUGGAUCAAUUGUUUGAUUAUUUCUAUGUUCAACACCCGAGACUCAAAUACGGACAACGAUUUUUGCUAAGCUAUCGUAUACUAACCGGUGAACAACAUAGCGGUCAACAACAACAACAACUAGAGUCCGGUGCCGGCAAUGAUGGUAAUACUCAACAGUCAAUAGUUGUCGACAAUGAAUCGGUAUAUGCAUUGGCAGUGGCCGUUGAAUUAAUAACAAUGAGUUUGAUUUUAUUGGAUGAUAUUAUGGAUAAAUCAACACUUAGAUAUGGUCUACCCAGUUGGUAUACAUUGUUUUUAAUUAGCCAUCAGUAGGAAUGUCGGCACUAAACGAUAGCACAGUUAUGUUGUCAGUGUCCAACAAAAUUGUUUUCAAAUAUUACCAUGGUCAUCCUAAUUAUAUUCAAAUUGUU